GGAGGAAGCUGCACUCGACAAGCUCAGUCUGAGUUUCAUCUGUGAGCAGAGACAGUAGAAGCUGUUUCAGUCUUUCUGUGAACAACAUGAAGCUGGUGAAAUACAUUUUAAUUGUUCUACUGAGCUGUGUUUGUCAAGCUUUUCAAAACUUGUCCACUCAAACAAUCCCAACUGAUGUCCAGGUGAAAACAGAGGGAGGCAAUACUACAGAAAUUACACAAGAGGAAUUCAACAGUGACCCCUACGUUCACCACCGUGCUGCUAAAUGCAACUUUACUCUCAGGCUGCCUGGAAACAGGAGCAGCGAUGUGGUGGCGUUCUUAUCAGACUACACAGAUGUGUUGGCUGAACAAAUCUGUCAGGAUCUUCACUGUGGCAGUGUCUAUAAUGUAACUAAAACCAGCUCACCUCCCAACACCACCUGCUUUCACAACUGUUCGUACAAAGAUGGCCGUUUGCAGAACUGCUCACAAAGUGUGGGAAGUAGCUGCACUGUGAUUACUGAAGUGGUUUGCGGCCACCAUGUUUUGCAGUUGGCCGGAGGGCCAGACCGAUGUGCUGGAAGGGUGGAGGUGUGGAGAAACGGCAGAUGGGGCACAGUGUGUGAUGACCAGUGGGACCUGAGGGAUGCAAACGUGGUGUGCGCCCAGCUCAGCUGUGGUUACGCCCUCAAUGUGACGGGACAGGGUGGCUCCUUUCCCCCGGGCAGAGGACCCAUCCACCUGGACGAGCUGAACUGCACGGGCAAAGAGGAGAACCUGUGGACCUGUCCGGCUGCACAGGAGGAGCCCGACUGUGGACACAAAGAGGAUGCUGGUGUCAUAUGCUCAGAGAUGAAAGCAAUCAGACUGACUGGAGGUCUGGACCGCUGCUCUGGUAAACUGGAGGUCCACCGUAACGGCAGCUGGGGUACGGUGUGUGAUAACUGCUGGAAUGCACACUUAGCAUACAUGGUGUGCUCCAUGCUGAAGUGCGGCACCAGGCCGACAAAAUUCACCCAGUUUGUUCCUCAUCUCACACACAACAACGGGACAAUGUGGUUCUAUUCGUGUGUAAAAGAACACCAGAACCUGUGGCAGUGCAGCGAGUACAGCUUACCACACCUGUGCAUGGACUCAAAAGCAUCUGGCGUCAUCUGUAAUGGUUCACUCGGGUUACCUACCCCCACACCCAGCACAGAGAACUCAACUGCAAUGACCAGUUGGACGAUUGAAACAACCACAGUCGCUGCUGCUGAAGCUCCUUUCUUCUUGACGUCUCCAGAGAUUCUCAUCAUGAUCACUCUGUCUCUUCUGCUCCUCGUGUUUCUGAUCACAAACACAGUGCUGUGCUGCCAUUACAGGAAAAGACACGCUUUCUUACUCCAUCAGAUGCGCACGAACCCACGACCUUCCUCUGGACAUAAUCACAACAACUACGAAGGCCCCGUCGACCUCGUUAAAGUCACUACCAACCAGCUGCACACCGAUGUCCCCCCCAAUCCCAGGCAGCUCUGGACCCAGCUCAGUAGUGUUGACAGCACGUCAGUAGAUACAGACUAUGAGCAGUAUGACCCAAGCAGUGACCAGUCUGUCCCAUUAUCAACCUUUAAGAAUUCUCAGAGAUACAGAACUGAUGCAAACCCUUUGAUGAGGCCUUCAGGUCUUGACAGUCUCUUUGAGGAAGUUCCUCAACAUACAAAUGAAGCGACUGGACCUUUUCCAAUCAUCAACGGUGGCCCCCAAGAUGCUCAGUACGCCAGAAUUUCAAAGAUCUCAGUGGACUCAUUCGAAACCUCAAGUACCUCGUCUGGGGAGUGCUACGAAAACAUAAACAACGGCUAUGCUGCAGUCAGUCCUGAUCCGGAUCCAGGCCAGUCAUCUGCUGCCAGUGGUGCUUUUGAUCCUUCAAGGCUUGUUGAUGGCAAUAAUCAGUUUUAUUCUGGACAAACAACAAACCUGAGUUCAAGUGAUGAAGACGAAAGCCCUCUCUACUCCCCAGUGAGCCCUGACUGAAACCCAUCUGAGGAGGACUGUGAUGACCUGAUAGAAGACACUGGUGGACACUCAAGGUCACACACACCCAGACUGAGAUUUGUCCAGCUGUAAAACUGCACUGAAAGAAGACACUGUACAUUUACUCGUAUCGUUAGAUCAAAGAAAUAUUUAGACGACACUUAUACCUUUACGUUAUACUUGGGAAGAAUUUGGUUGAAAAGUGAAAGUUCUUUAAAUGUCUAAGUUACAUACUGUAUAAACUCUGUUUCCCUGUGAUUUCAAUUACCAUGUUUCAGCACAUGUUGAAGUACGUGAUUGAAAUAUUGUUCAAAUAACGGUUACACGUGACUGAGACAUCUUUGAAAUGUUCGCUUCUUAACGACAUUUAGCCUCGACUUGUAAAUCACCUGGAAAUCACCACAUUAACGCUUACUGAGAACAGCAAUAACAUAGCUUUAUUGUACAGGUUCAGAGACUUGAAACUUGAUUGAGAUACUGCUGGUGAUCCAUUCCCUCGGACAUCCUGUUUCCCUUUUUCAGUGGUGAGAAGGGACUUUUCUCUGAAAGUUUCCUCAGUACUGACCAUGACCAUGUGCAUGAGUGUUGUGGAUUUUAGUCAUUUCUGCUGAGUUGCAGCCCAUCCAGAAAUGCUCAGAAAGGAAGCAAAAGCACUUUGUGCGUGCAACUGCGUUGACAUGAAAACGUAACUUUACCUUGGCACAAAAAAAAAGGAUGGAUUAUCUAAAGCAAGUUGACUUUUGAAGAACACUGAGACAAAAGGAACUAAAAUGUGCCCAGAAGGCAGGAAAUCAAACUUAGAAGUUAAGAAAUGUUUAGGUGUUCUGUGAAUGUAGUUGUGAUUAUGUAUAUGUUUAAUUUUUAUUUUUAUAGUGUUUGUAUAGCAGUUUUGUGUAUGUAGUGUAUGUAUUCAAAUAACGUGCUAAUGUUUGUCAUGUAUAUUCCCGUGGAUUUAAGUACAAUGAAACUAUUGGGUUCCAA